AACAACUUUUGUAAGCAGCUCAUCUCUCCCGAAAGGAAAAGUCGAUCGUGCUCGCUCCAACUCUUGCAGUGUCGGCUUUUGCUCGCGCAGGUGCACAGCGUGCUGUUUCGUUGGAUGCGCCCGUGUGUUGUGACAUCACGUGACAGAAAGCAGAAGCGGGAGAAGUGAGAGGCUGGCACGGAGACAAGCAUCGAAGCCCAGGCGGGUGUGGCAAGUUGUGCCAUGGGAGCAUACUCCCAGCUGAAAUUGGUUCUAUGGAAAAACAUCACCCUGCGUCUUCGACAGCCAGUGCUGCUAUGCCUGGAGCUGUUUUGGCCCAUUACAAUUUUCUUGCUCGUUUUGGCGCUUCGAAAAGUUGUCCCACCCACGACUCAAGAGGCCUGCUACUACAAUGCGCGCGCCCUACCGAGCGCUGGUGCUCUUCCCGUACUACAGUCUUUAAUCUGCAAUGUUGACAAUGACUGCCUAAAUAGGUCAUCGUUCGAAGAUAUACCCUCGUAUCCAGGUUCAAAGAUUACGAAACUAGUCGAUAACUUGUCGCCCCUCGUCCAUGACCAACAAAUCCUGAAUGUCGUCAAAGCCCUCCCUGUGUUGGCGAAAGUACUUCAGCCUAUUCAGGCUGUACUUAACGACGAAAACAUCGUUAAGUUACUAGAGCAUGGCUUUCCCUUGCAUGAAGUACUGCGGAACACGAGUGAAGCUCAAGAUGUAUUAGUUCGUCAUGCCAGGAUGUCGAGUGGUGACAGCGAAGCCUUCCUCAUGUCCGAUCUCAACGUUCCUGCUAUCCUGAACGAACUUCAACAUGGAGGCAUCUCCAAGCAAUCGCUCCCAUGCAAUGAAAAGACACUGCGAAAAUUCAUAAUUUUAAAAACGAUUCCGUCGCCUUCAAUGUGACGAGGACUCUCUGCCAUCUUGCUCCUGAUGAAGUCCACGAACUCUUGCAGAAGUUUCAGUCUAACGUGCAAUACGACCGUCUAGUCGGA